UCAUUCUUUUCCUCGUGAGCAGUUUUAUGGUGUUGUAGAUUAGUUAAAUUAGCCUCCCGCAUAAAGCGUACCUAAAUUUUCCCUACUUGACAGAUGCAACUGUCUUUCUACACUGUGCUUCUGCAUCCCAAUCUCUGUUUUUGUGGUCUCAGUGUAGAAGUUAAUAUUUUUCUUUUUCUCUCUCUUUGCAUUUGUUCUGCCUGAGAUUACAUACCUUUGUGGUAUAGGUCUUGUAAUAAUACAAUAUGUCUGUGGCCUAAUGUGCUCUCAAUGUCUCCAGGUGUGAUGCCUCAUGGGCCUUGUAGUCCUGCUCAUAGUGCAAUCGUGACAGAUGAAGACGAAAACAUGGGUUUUUCACCGGUUCAACAAGAGCCGGAAUCUUUCCAGCUGCCGGAUGUUUUCGCCCAAGAACCCAGUAAAACAGACCUUGGGCAUUCCUCACCCCCGUUCCCUAGGAGACAGUCCUAUUCUGCAGACAGGGGAGUGAGAGAACAGACUCGCAGGAGCUUACGGAUUGCAGCUAAACAACAGGCUGAUUAGCCAUGCUUCCCUUGGGAAAUUCUAAGGAGUUUCACAUCUGGACAAAAUUGGGUUUCGUUUCCCGUUCUCUAGGGAAAGAGGUCGUUGGCGGGAAAACGAGACCCUAAUAUAGGUGCCUGGCACGUUAGAAUUGUUGCGGAGUCAACAGAGCAGCUCCAGAAGCAACUUCGUGUUUCCAGCCUUGUGUGGACUUCGCAAAGUCCGCAACCCCAGUUCCUUGCCUUCCGGAUCAAGUAUUCAAGAUUUGUCUAGCCUUGUUUUUAGCCACGGACCUUGUUCUUAGAAUCUCUGUUUCGCCUUGUUCCUAGUCACGGACCUUUUUUUAAAAUAUUUUUUAUUGUUAUUAUUGAAAAAAAGUUACAAUUAUAUAAACAUGUUCUAUACAUUUCCCCCUCUUUUAUUUACAUCCACCCCUGUGCUCCCCUUCCCCAGAGCCAUCUCUUCUUCUGUAGUCCCACCAAAAGUUCAAUUCUUCAUUUGGAGGUAAAUUCCCAUCUUCUUUUUCCAAUAAUUUUUCUAGAAAUUUUCUCCAAAUACUUUCAAAAUCAUUUUUUUCCCAUAAUCCCUUCUUUACUUUUAAAUUUGAUGUUAGCUUGUCAUUCAGUGCCAUUCGCCAAACUUCUUUAUACCAUUCACGGACCUUGUUUAAAGAUUCAAGUUUGUUUCCAGCCUUGUUCUCAAGCUACCUUGGACUUCAAAGACUCUGGGCAUUUUCCCCACACUAUUGCUUGGCAAUAGUGUGUGUUUCGGUUAUUGGAUUAAAAACUUUGAACUCUAAUAUCAUUUAUUGGACAAUACAUUUUUGGACUAUAUUUGACCUCAUUUGAUAGGUCUGCUUCUGAACUAUACUCUUCACUUGUUUUUAUUACUUUUAUAUAUUUACUUAAUAAAGAUAUUAGAUAGAUAUUGGUCUCUGCGUCAGGUUCUUGGUGCUCCGUUGCCUCGGGCGUGACACCAAGUGCCUUGCUUUAGAAAUGUUGGACAGGGAUCAUGCUGCAGGGAUAGAGACGAUCAGGAAAAUGCUUUCCAACCUUAGCCCCUUUCUGUGGUGACCAUACUGUUAGAGGUCUUCAUUUACAAAGGUUGGAUUAGAAGCUUAACCAAUUGUAGAGCAAGAAAUCUCAUUCACAGAAUCUUGGGCCACAAUCCCCUUUGUAUCUGAGCAGGGAUUUCUCUUUGUUUGGCAAUUGGCUCUCUGAGUUGGGCUAGUCAUUUCCCCUUCUUCUCCUGCAUUUGCUACAGCACUAGGCUAUUGUUUUUCAUGUCCAGUGAGAUCUUUCUUUGCUCCACUCCUGAUGAGAUUUUCCUCUCAUUUGUCUGGCAGGUAACCUCUGAAUGUACCUUCUGAAGAACACUUUGCCCCUUUUUAGGACUGAAAUGAAAGUACACAGCACUGACAAGAACAAGAAAUAAGUUGGAGAAAUUAUAUUUCAACUACAUGCCUGUGUAUUCAAGGAGGAAAGGAAUGAUUGUGCUGUAAGAAGAGGGGCUUGGUAAAGAGGAAAGAAGACUACAGCAAUCAAUACAAAGACUCAAAAGAGGAAAUCUUAUCCUGUUCUGGAGUACAUAAUUGUCAACUUCUGGCAUAAUAUUUGAAUCAUAAAUAUAAAAGAAUGGAAAAUCUUGAUUCCUUGUCAAAAUCACACACAGGGGUGAAGCUACAUAAUUGUAUGGACUGUGGGAAAUGUUUCAUUGGGAGGAGCUCCCUUAAUAAACAUCAACAAACUCACACUGGGAAGAAGCCACAUAAAUGCAUGGAAUGUGGAAAGAGCUUCACUCAGAGUGCACAUCUGAAUAUCCAUCCAAGGACCCACACAGGGGAGAAGCCACAUAAAUGCAUGGAAUGUGGAAAAAACUUCAGUGAGAGUGGAAGUCUGCGUAUCCAUCAAAGGACCCACACAGGAGAGAAGCCAUAUAAAUGCAUGGAAUGUGGAAAGAGUUUCAGUAGGAGUGCACAUCUGAAUAUCCAUCAAAGGACCCACACAGGGGAGAAGCCACAUAAAUGUGUGGAAUGUGGAAAGAGCUUCAGUGAGAGUGGAAAGCUGCGUAUCCAUCAAAGGACCCACACAGGGGACAAGCCACAUAAAUGCAUGGACUGUGGAAAGAGCUUCAGUGAUGGUGUGAAUCUCCGUACCCAUCAAAGGACCCACACAGGGGAGAAGCCACAUAACUGCAUGGAAUGUGGAAAGAGCUUCAGGCGAACGCCCCCGCCCCCCGCUCCGCCCUUCUGCCGUUAA